ACACUCGGGAGUUGCACCUUUCUGCAGAGGGGACUGGCUGGCUCUCGGAGAUCUUAGGAUCUGCAGCGAUCGGAUACUGGAGGCUUGCACGCGACUCGCUCCCGACCCUGGGACACACUCGCCCGAACCGCAGGAGUGUGCAGGUGACUGGCCUAUCAUCGUCGACUCUCCAUGAGCUCAUGAACCGGGGAGCAGGUGUCCGGCGAUGGCGCGGCCUCUGAGCGACAGGACCCCGGGCCCCCUGCUGUUGGGAGGCCCGGCCGGAGCCCCCCCUUGCGGGGGAGCGUUGCUUGGGCUGCGGAGCCUUCUGCAGGGGACCAGCAAGCCCAAAGAGCCGGCCAGCUGUCUCCUGAAGGAAAAGGAGCGGAAGGCGACUCUGCCCUCAGCUCCCGUUCCGGCACCGGGCCUGGAAACGGCUGGCCCAGCCGAUGCCCCGACUGGGGCGGUUGGUGGCGGUGGGUCCCCGCGGGGGCGCUCAGGGCCGGCGGCUGGCCCGAGUCUUUUUGCGCCGCUGCUGUGGGAACGCACUUUGCCUUUCGGCGACGUGGAGUACGUGGACCUGGACGCCUUCCUGCUGGAGCACGGGCUCCCGCCGAGCCCGCCGCCCCCCGGGGCCCUGUCGCCGGUACCCUCUCCGGCACGCUCGCCCGCGCCCUCCCCGGGGCCCGGCUCUUGCGGCUCCUCUUCCCCCCGCUCGUCGCCGGGGCACGCCCCCGCGCGGGCUACGCUGGGAGCCGCCGGCGGCCACCGCGCAGGUGCGGUGAAGGGGCGGGGCUGGCGGGCAGGGGACGGGCGUCGCCAAGCUUUUAGAAGUCUGCCCGGCUUGACCUCCAGGGACACACCCAGUCCUGUGGACCCAGACUCCGUGGAGGUGCUAAUGACCUUUGAACCUGAUCCAGCUGACCUUGCCCUGUCAAGCAUUCCAGGCCACGAGACUUUUGACCCUCGGAGACACCGCUUCUCAGAGGAGGAACUGAAACCUCAGCCAAUCAUGAAGAAGGCAAGGAAAGUCCAGGUGCCUGAGGAACAGAAGGAUGAGAAGUAUUGGAGCCGGAGGUACAAGAACAAUGAGGCAGCCAAGAGGUCUCGAGAUGCAAGAAGACUCAAAGAGAAUCAGAUAUCGGUGCGGGCAGCUUUCCUGGAGAAGGAGAAUGCCCUAUUGCGGCAGGAGGUGGUGGCUGUGCGGCAGGAGCUGUCCCAUUACCGCGCUGUCCUUUCACGCUACCAGGCCCAGCAUGGGACACUGUGAGGCUCCUUCUACCCUGCCUGGGCAGCGCCCUAUUCCUUACUCAGACUUGCACCUGACACUCUUCCUCCCUCCUUGUUCCGUGGUCGAUGGUCUGGCCAGCUAGGUGACCCCAGGGACGUCAUGAUACAAAUACAUUUAUAUUUUUUAAGAAAAAGCUAGCCUUCUCCCACCUCCCUCGUGGGGGUGGGGAGGGUCCUGUGUGUGCUCUUAGCACUUCGGGGAACCUGUCUACCCAACCGCCUCCGUCAGCACAAUCCUGAAUAAAUCUUGAGAACCCA